AUGGACCGUGAGGGGCCAAGAGGGCCAAGAAGAGGAACGUCUCAAGAGAAUGAACAGUGGAAGAAAGAGACCUUGGAGGAUGAAUUCUCUGGUGUGAGGCUGCAGAAGCUGGAACAACAGCGACAGCUAUUUGAGAAGAAGCAGCGCCGGAAACGCCAGGAGCCCCUCAUGGUUCAGGCCAAUCCUGAUGCUUCCCUGAGGCACCGGCGACCAAGGCGUGGGGAGGAGCGCUUCCAGAGUGACAGCAGCUGGGGCCUUGGUGUUGGGAGCCCUUUCCUCCAGGAGAACGUACCACAGGCACAUCUGCCCUCAGGGGCACACAGUGCCCUUGUCACCAUGAGCUAUGUCGGAGAUGGGAGUGGUGAGCGGGCCCCUCUACUGUCACCCAGAGGAGCAGUAUACACGCGGGGCAAUGGGCCUGCGGUCCGCCAUCUAUGCUGGCUCCCAGACAGCUCCGAUUCAGAUGUGGAGGAAGUGACCAUGGAAGACAUUCCUGUCAUCUCCCGACCUCCCAAGACGCACCUGGCAAACCGACGCAGGGGCUGGUUAGCCUCCCCAGGACCCGGGAUCAGUGAAGAGGAAGAGGUUGAACCCAAAGAUGCCAGAGUUGAAGACAAGACACCCAGCCCAGACCCAGACCCUACAGAAAACUCUGAUAGAGUUCAUGGAGACUCGGCAUCCUGCAAUAUGGAGGAAAACACAGCCAAAAAGAAUAUAGAAACAGCCUCUGGCAUUGGGGAUGAAGACCUGGAAAAGAAAGAGGCCACAGAGUCUACAGAGACAAACAAUGCCCUCGUGGCAUCCAAGGUCUUGCAAGGAGAUGGUGACACCAGUAACCACAAUGCUUGGAACAUGACCUGCCCCAUGCCUCGCACUCCAGGUCCUCGGCUCGGGGAGGACAUGGAAGCUUACGUGUUGCUCCCUGCACCCCGAGAACACAUGGUGCAGUGCCGCAUCGUCCGAAACAAGCAUGGAGUGGACAAGGGCAUGUUCCCUUCCUACUACCUCUACCUGGAGGCAGAGGAUGGUGUAGCACAUUUCCUUCUGGCUGGGCGGAAAAGGAAACGAAGCAAAACUUCAAAUUACCUCAUCUCCCUGGACCCCAAAGACAUGUCUCGCAAUGGGAACAACUUUGUAGGCAAAGUUAGAUCUAAUGUCUUGGGCACGAAAUUCACCAUCUUUGAUAAUGGGGUGAACCCUGAGCGUAACUACUGGAUUCCAGACAGUGCCCGGAUCAGAGAGGAGUUGGGAGUUGUAUGUUAUGAGACCAAUGUCUUGGGAUUCAGGGGGCCUCGGAAAAUGACCGUGAUCCUCCCAGGAAUGGACAGCCGGAAGCAGAGGAUGAAAGUACAACCACAAAAUGAUCAGGAUUCAAUACUGAGUCGCGUACAGAAAGGCGCUAGACAUGGGCUGCUCCUACUGCAGAACAAGGCCCCAUCGUGGAGCGACGAAAGCGGCGCAUACGUACUCAAUUUUCACGGUCGCGUCACGCGGGCUUCUGUCAAGAACUUCCAGAUAGUGCACCCGGAUGAACCGGACCACCUGGUGCUCCAGUUUGGCCGUGUAGCACCAAACAUAUUCACGAUGGAUUUCCGAUAUCCUCUUUGCCCGCUCCAAGCCUUCGCCAUCUGCUUAUCCAGUUUCGAUGGGAAACUGGCGUGUGAGUAACUGAAUAAAAUACCAUCCCUCACCAACUCUGUUCUGUGCGUUUGGAGAAAGCUUCACGCCAUGCCUCCUCCUCUCUUUUUUAGUUUUUUGAUACUCAGUCUGGUCUCCAACAACUAUGUAGCUGAGGCUUGCCUUGAACCUCCGAUCUUCCUGCUCUCUGAAGUGCUGGGAUGACAAGCAUGCACCUUUGUGCCUGGCCUUGUCUUUUAACAAUAAAUCUUUUGAUUAAUUUUUUU